AUGGCUAGCCUCAAAUUCUGGUUCUGUCUUUUGCUGGUCUUGCUUUCAUUUUCAAGUUCUGAUCAAGCCCGUCCUCUUGCACCAUUGUUAGACAAGAGCGACAAAAAAGAGGCCAUGAUGGAGAGUGCGAAACAAGUGUUGGAGGCUAGCAUCGAAAGACAAGUUGGAGAGCCUUUUGAGACGUCCAAAAGAGUGAGUCCGGGAGGACCCGAUCCCCGGCAUCAUCAUUAG